AUGGACGACUACUUAAACGUCGGAAGCAUUAAGCCGAACCUGGAAAUUCUCGAACAGAAGAAGAAAUCUCAGCCUAAAUCGGAUUUACUGGGAGGCAACUUAACGAGUCGCCAACUGUAUCUAACAGGUUACGGAAGACAUUGGGGUGAGAAGUUGACGUAUUCCGUCGGAUUAGCCUACGGAUCAGGCAUUUUAUGCGGAGGCUCUUUCGGGUUAAUCAAGGGAAUCUCUAAGGGAGGAGCCACGGGGAAGCUGUUCCUGAACUCAGUGUUGAACAACUGCAGCACCUACGGACCGAAGCUCGGAAAUCGACUGGGCUGCCUAACGAUAAUAUACUGCGGUCUAAACGGCCUUGUGAAGCUGGUUAGGGGCGAAAAGGCCGAUGAAAGAUUUAACGCACCGGUCGCAGGCCUCCUCUCAGGAGCAGUUUAUAAAAUCGCAGGCCCAAUAGCCAAGACUGCCAAGUACUCAGCAGGUACAGGCGUCGUAUUUACAGCAAUAGACUACGUUUUGCGCAAGUCGUUUUAA